AUGUACUACGCUAUGCCAUGCACAUGUGGUAUUACUAUUGAAGGACGUAAAGUCCUGAUCACUCACCUUAAAGAAUCGUUGGAUAAGGGUUAUAUCCGACCAAGUGUUUCACCAUGGGGCGCUCUGGUGCUGCUUGUGAAGAAGAAGGAUGGCAGCUUGGGGCUAUGUUACCAUCAAUUGAGAAUCUCGGAGCGAGACAUCCAUAAAACGGCUUUUAGGACAAGAUAUGAACAUUUCAAGUUCACUGUGAUGCCUUUUGAGUUAACAAAUGCCCCAGCCGCUUUUAUGUGUGUCAUUUUGGGUCAUUUUGUUUCUAAAGAUAAAGCGGGUGUGAAGCUAGUCGUCGCCAAAGAAUGUCAGAUAAGUGUGAAGUUUCUUACGGCCUUCAUGAUUUUAAAAGAAAGGUUAACAACGACCCUUAUUCUUACUUUACUUGACCUUAAAUUGGAUUAUACGGUUUAUAGUGACGCAUCAAAGAAGCGCUUAGGAUGUGGGCUGAUGCAAGAUUGCAAGGUGAUCGCUUACGCUUCACAAAAGUUGAAGACGCACGAGUUUAACUAUCCUACUCACAGUUUGGAGUUAGAUGCUAUUGUUUUCACCCUCAAGAUAUGGCGGCAUUAUGUGUAUGGAGUCAAGUGUAGAAUCUACACCGAUUAUCAGAGUCUGAAGUAUCUUUAUAGCCAAAGUGACCUAAACAUGCGGCAGCGUCAGUGGCUAGAGUUGAUGACCGAUUACGAUGUAGAGUUUUUUUGUCAUAAGGGGACUAACUUGGUUGCUGAUGCUUUGUGCAAGAAAUCUAGUUAUACUUUGGCUGCUCUGGGUGGGGUUCACGAGCCGGUGGUGUUUACCGAUGGGAGAACCAACUUGAAGAAGCGUAUCUUGGAUGAAGCUCAUAGUUUGAAGUUUUCUGUUUACCCUGGUGAUGAUAAGAUGUAUCAAGAUCUUAAGCUUAUAUUCUGGUGGUCGGUAAUGAAGAAGGAUAUCACUGAGUAUGUUUCGCGUUGUUUGACCUAUCAAAAGGCUAAAAGCGAGCACAAAAGACCGGGCAAUUUGCUACAAUCCUUGGAGAUAUCGGUGUGGAAGUGGGAUUAUAUAUCGAUGGAUUUUGUUGGGGUUGCCAUGAACGAAGUUAAGUAA